AUGCAGCAUCGUAUGUCACUAGGAAGGGAAAGAAUUCCACCCAGAUCAAAACUAAAUAAUCUUGAUAGCAGAAGAGCCUCAUCGGCUGCAAAUGCUGUCAGAGGGACCAAAGACUUUGUUGCCUUGAACCGGAAUCUGAGCGGUCGCACCCAACCAAAGGUGCCUACCAAAGCAAAUGAUUCUAAGUUUGACACAGAGAGGAAAGCUUUUACUGGGAAAGAUGAUUACCCAUCACAGCUUAGGACCACAAUACGGAAGAGGAGGAUGAUCAAUGUUAGUGGCCAAGUUGAAAGUAGUGGUUUUGUUAGUUCAACUUCCACAAGACAAGUGAAUUAUCAGUUCGAUGUGCCAACUCGAAAGGGAUUAGGAAAUGGUGCUCGCUUGAUGAACACCACUUCUCCUAAGAGUAAAUUACCCAGUCAGAGAGAAGGUAACAGAGCUAAUGGAAAUAAGGACACUGAUGUUAUUUCAUUCACGUUUAAUUCCCCUAUCAGGAACAAGACUGGAAUCCCCACACAAAUGGAGGGUCCAAGCAUGGACAAUGGCACAAAGCCAUCUUUCCAGAAACCAUUGUCCUUGAGUGGAGAUGCUAUUGGUGCCUUUCUGGAACAAAAGUUUAGAGAGCUUGCUUGUCAAGAAGAUGAUGACUUGGGAGCAGGUGCUUCAUCCAAGAGGUCCACUUCUAUGAUUCUCCAAGAGCUAAUAUCUGCCUUGACUGCCGAUCAUUCUCUUUUUCAUGAUGGACGCUUGGCCAGUGCAGAUAUAGCAUCACCUGCUCAAAGAAAGACAGAUAGGUCAGUUGGAAUCUUUCAUCAUGGUGAUAGUCUGAGCCCUGGGUCUGUUCUUGAAGCUUCAUUUUCUUCUAGUAGUCUGGAUGAUAGCUCAGGGCAUAGGUCCUUCUACCCUCACUCUAUGGAUUACUCUGAUGAUCAGUUGCAAUUGGGACAUUAUGGUGAUUUGAUAGACUCUGCCACUUCAGUGGACAGAAAGAAGACUGGUAGUGAGAUGAUGACCGCUCUUGUCAAUAAUGUAUCUAGGAUAUUACAUAGCAUCAAUGCUGGUGGGGAAAGAUUGAGAGGAGACAAGCUCACCCAUGCAAAUGAAGUUAUCUUGAAAGCUGAACUAUUGUUUGGAGAUGUGACUCAGCAUAAAAUGGAUGUAAUGAAAGGUCUUUUCAUCAGUCCCUUGCUUCUUGACUUGGAAACUAUUGCCAGCAGCAUGAUGAAAAAUUUUGAUGUGUUAAGUAGUUCGUGGGACACCAAAGAGGGAACUAAAAUCAGCGAGUUCCUUUUUGAUUGUGUCAUAGAGCAUUUAGACUCAAAAUAUGGUCAAUACUGUAACUCCGGAUUCAGAUUUUGGGAAAAAUUGCCUUUAUGCAUGAACCGUAAGUUGAUGAUUCAAGAGGUUGAAGACGAGAUGCAAAAGUGGACAGAUUUGGCUGGAAUGAUUCCUGAUGAGAUGAUAGAAUGGGAUAUGAAUCAUGCCCUGGGGAAGUGGACUGAUUUCAAUAUUGAAGCAUUUGAGGCCGGUUCUGAAAUUGACGGGGACAUUCUUCAAAAUUUGGUUAACGAAGUUGUGGUAGAUCUCUGUGAGUGCAGGCUGGGUUCCUUGUGA